AUGUCAAGCGCAAACUAUCUAUUGACAGAAACAAAUGAAACAAUUUCAUGGAUUUACGAUCGAUUUCUCUCAAAUGCAUCGAUUGAGAAGAAAGAUUUGAGUCUACUUGGCUUUAUUACAGGCAUUUGCAAUCUGGCGAUUCUCCUCGCAAGUCUGAUAUACCGAAUUGAUUUGUACGCUCGCAAAAGACUCAAAUCGAAAGAAACUUUCUUCGACUCUCCAUCGGCAUCGAGUGUGACGACGGCAACAAAUGAUAUCACAAGUGAGUUCUCAUAA